AUGUCUAAACCUGAUAUAAAAGGUGUAACUUUCUCUCAACAUUUUGAUAAGGACAACUAUUGCGCUAAUGGCAGCCCAGUUUCAUUCCGACCUUGUUUUGGAGUAUCCAUUCCAAAUUGUGAUCCGCCACUGGGGCCCAUCGAAGAGUAUAUUAAUAUCUUUUUACCUCGUCCUUACCAAUGCCCGAACAAUGGUUUUGUUAGUGGAUACUCGGCAGUUCCUAGGAAUAGAUACGGAGAUGUGGCAGUAAAGUAUUAUAAAGCACUAGGUGUCACCUAUAACCCGAAAGAAUGCGUUCAGUAUUUUCGAGUGGAGGAUCCAAAAUACCCGUCUCCAACUAACCCCGGAUAUUAUCUAGUUGGAUCCAUUCCUCUUUUUCUUCCUCAGGGAAAAAUUGGUUUUUACAACACAGAAUGUCUAUUCCGCAGAAGCAAAGCCUUCAAUUUGCCAAUCUUUUAAAAGGAAGUUAACAACGUUGAGAAUUAGAUUUUUUAUGUUAUGCACUGGUGUAGAUUCAUUCCUGAAACAUCAAAUUUUAUUUAUGAAAAAUCACAUCAUUCUAU